AUGAUUCAGAGCGAAGGGUUCCUGAAAAUCACAGAAAUCCUGAGAGAGAUAUGGCGAGCAGGACCUAAAACGCAAGGGCUUUCCUCUUCUUCUGAUUUGUUCAUUCGCUCGAGAGUUCUCAAGAUGAAGUACUCUGUUGCAUCCAUUGCGUACCUGAUCUCCAUUGCGGAGUGUCUUUCGCUUCCUCCGCUUAUUCCCAGCAUUCCGGGUGUUACUGAGCCUCUGACUACCAAUGCUCCUCCUCUGCCUAUCCUGCAGGUCCCUACCCCGCCUCUGGAGAGCCCUCCCUUCACUCCCAGCGACAUCAAGCCCAAGAAGAUUGGUUACUUCUGGACUGGAGCUGGUGACAAGUUCCACAAGGAUUUCCUUGCGACCUACAGUCUUGACGAUGACACCUUCGGUACACUUCUGUGGGUGACUGAUGUUCCAUCCAGUGGUAAUGACCCUCACCAUUUGGGACCCUCGCUUGAUGGCAAGACCCUAUUUGGUGGUGGCCUCCUUUCGCUCUUGAAGACUCAGGACACUGGUUUCUACUUUGAUACCUCCAACCCCUACCGUCCCAAGUUCUUAAAGAGCAACCGAGCCGUUCUGGGAUCCAUUGCCGAUGAAGUCCGUGCUAAACCUGAUGGUGGAUUCUUUAUCACCUACAUGGGAUCUGCAGUUGGAACCAGCCCCGGUCGUCUCAUUGAGACUGAUGCUGAUUUCAACAUCAUCCAUGAGUACCCCGAGGAUGUUGAGGGCACCCUCAACAUCCUGGGCGAGCAAUUCUCCCCCCCAUGCUUGGGAAUUCAACACGCCAACACUCUCCGUCUUUGGGACCUAGACACCAAAAAGAUUCUGAGCACCUUGACUAUCCCCAACGGAGGUGGUAUUCAGGAUGUCAAGUUCAUCCCUGGUAACAAGGAGUCUGCUGCUCUCGCUACUGCCGUGCACCUUGGACAAGUCUGGAUUAUCUACCCUCUCCGCAAGGAUGAGAAUGGCAACCAGGGUGUUAUUGAGCUACUGUACGAUCUUGGUCCCAAGGCUCGUGACACCAUUGCUAUCUACUCCGACAUCACCCAAGACGGAAAGUUUAUCUACCUCACUUUGACAACUGCCAACCACAUCGCCGCUCUGGACAUUAGCGACCUCAACAACGUCAAGCGUCUCGAUGACCCCAAUGAGGACCAACCGACUAUUGGUCCCCACUACAUCAAGGUUACUCCUGACCAGAAGCACUUGGUUGUCACGGACUACUUCGUCCAGACCGGAGAUAUCGGUAUCAUCAACACCCCGGCUGAUUUCAAGGCUCUGUACAUCGACCUUAAUGAGGAUGGUGGCCUUAGCUUCAACCGUAGCAUCGAUUUCCCCAGAGAGUUCGCCAGCCGUGGCGGCGCUAAGCCCCAUUCUAGUGUCGUCUUUGACCUCACUGACCCCGAGGACCCCAAAUACUACUAG